GCCGCCUGGGCUUGGGAAGGGACUGGUGGGUGGCAGUGAUGGCUCCCGCCACGGUCGCUUCCGCCCUGCUGCCACCUGAGAUCCAGUUCGCUCAGAGACUGGCCGCCAACGAGAAGCGGAUUCGAGAUCGGGCGCUAAAAAAGCUCCGAGGCUACGUCGCUCUGCGAACCCAGAGACCGGAGGGUAGUUUUAAUCAAGAAGAGUUUCUAAAAAUAUGGAAAGGACUAUUCUACUGUAUGUGGAUGCAGGAUAAACCUCUGCUGCAGGAGGAGUUAUCAAACAAUAUAUCACAGCUUAUCCACAUAAUAGAGAAUAUGGAUGCUCGCCAUUUGUUCAUUCAGACUUUCUGGCAAACUAUGAAUCGUGAAUGGAACGGAAUAGACAGACUGCGCCUUGAUAAAUUUUACAUGUUGAUUCGCAUGGUGCUGAAGCAGUCUUUUGAAGUGCUGAAGAGAAAUGGUUGGAAUGAAAGUUUCACUGAACCAUUUCUGAACCUGUUAAUGAAGGAGGUCAUUCACCCUGAGAGCAAUGCUCCCAUUGGGAUAAAACUGCAUUUUAUUGACAUCUACUUGGAAGAACUGGCUAAAGUUGGAGCUAAAGUGCUCACGGCAGACCAGAAUCUCAAGUUUAUUGAACCCUUCUGCAAAACCGCUGCCAAGACCAAGGAUCAUCUUCUGCUGCAAGCCAUAACCUGUGGUAUCUUUGAAACCAUUGUGGAUCAGUGCCCAUUUGCUGUAGAAGAUUUAAUGAGGGAAUUGAAAGCAAGUAGUAACGAUGAUCUAUCAGAAGAUGACUGGAGUGAUGAAGAGAAUACGCUAGUGGCCAAAGACAAGAGCUUGCCAAGCAGGCUUCCACGAGACGGCGAGGCAGAAGAGAACCUUUUAGAAACUUCACAUGACAACAUUGGGCCUGUCCUUCAGUUUGAUUAUAAAAAAAUUGCCAAGAUGCUGUUUGAAUUAGCCAGCAGAAAAAACACACCAGCUGUCAAUAGAAAACGUCUCUACAAACUGGUUAAAAAGUUCCAGGACCUUGCAGAAGGGAUUUUCCCCCAAGAUGACUUUCCUGAAGAUGUUUCUACAGAUGAAGAUGAUGAUACAUUCAGCAGGAGGAAGUGGAAGAGAAAAUCCAGCAAGCUCUUAGAUAAAACCAAGCUGGACAAAGAAGAUAAUGCUGGAAACAGAAAAAUUACCACAGAGGAAGAUGGUGGUAACACAGGGUUGCAAAAGAAAAGGAAGAAGAGAAAGAGGAAGUUGAGUCAAGUUAUUGACACGCUCACUGCCAGUGGAUCUCAUCAAAAAGUGCCUGUCAUAUUAGAAGAAUCAAAAGAGCUAAACCAGAACAUUGAAUCAACAAAUGUGAAGAAAAGGCAAAAGAAGUCUUUAGGUAUAGAGGCAAAUGAAACCGUCGCAACAACCAAUCCUCUAGGAGGGCUUAGUAGCAGCUUAGCACAGAAGACAUUAACAUGUUUGAUAAGUAGUAUAAAGAAAAAAACAAAGAAGAAAAGUGGUACGCUGCAGAAAGUUCCUGUAGAAACCAUUAAUCAAAAUGGACAAGUUCCUACUAGUACAAAAGAGAUUCUUGAUGACUGUGUACCUAUAGAUCAUGGUAAUAAAGUGACUAAGCAGAAACAGAAAAAUGAGUGUGGGAUUGUUGCUGGAAAUGGUUUUUCUGAAGAGGUCGUUAAGCAGUCAGAGAAGAAAAGCUGUGUAAAACUGACAUCCACCAUGUUCCAAAAAGUUAAAUUGAGAAAAAAACAAAAACUGAGUAGCUUGGAAAAGAUGAGAAGUUCAAAGAAGAAAAUAGUGAGAUUGAAAAACAAAAAGAAAAUCAAGAGAAUCCUAAAUACUGUACAAGAAAAUGAAUUUGAAGCUGAAAACAAAAAGUGCAGAACCAGCGAUACCAGUGGGAUUGCCAUUAUGCCGCAGAAAAAGAAGGCCAAAGCUGGGAAUGACUUCAUCAAAUUUGAAAAGACUAGUCUGCCAAAGUCAGUCUUCUUUAGAAAAGCUAAAGGAAGCCUUACUUCCAUUCAGUUAACCAAGCUACAAUCUUCCAACUCCAAAAAAGUCACCUUUGGACUGAAUAAGAACAUGACAGCGGAAUUUAAGAAGACAGACAAAAGUAUCUUAGUCAGCCCCCAGGGACCUUCCCGAGUGGCUUUCAAUCCUGAGCAAAAACCCCUCCAUGGAGUGCUGAAGUUGGCUUCUGAGUCUCCUGCUGGAACGUUUGAAAUAAAGAAAUCCGUUUCAGUACCCACUAAGAAAAGACCAACUGCAGUAGACUUCUUCUGAGCAAAGAAGGAGAGGACUGAUUUUUUUAACAGAGUAUUUCAAUAACCAGUUAUUUCUGGAGGUAUUUUUGAUUUUAUUUUUUAAGUUGACAGGAUAGCAUAUGUAAGGUCAGUGGGACUUAUGGUACUGGUACUUUAUUUUACCAGGUACCUUUUUGAAAUAGCUUUGUGUAUGUUGUCAAAAGAAAAGUAAUUUGAGCUUCUAAUUAGAGCCCUAUCGUGUGUAUGUUUUUAAAAAAUUCCUGUCACGUGAUAAUUUGUAAAAAUUCAUUCUAAACUAUUGUUUGGGCAUUUUAAUAAACCUCAAUUAAAUUAGAGGGACUAAUCUUUAUAGGCAACUCUAGGCAGCUAAGAACACUCCUCUCACAGUUCCUUUUCCUUACAAGCCUUCCAUCUUCAUACCAAAGGUUUUGGAUUAAACUCUGAAUAUCUGCUCAGAUGAAUUAUAUUAGUAGAAAAGCCACCUGAAUCUUCUUAAUUGGGUAAUCAAUUGGUUAAUGAAUUAUAUUGACUGUAACUCAGCUACUGUACUCUGCUUGCAUUUCCCAGUUGUUUGCAUUGGCAUUGUUGCCUCUUUCAGAUUUUUGCUCCUCUGGAGCAAGAGAAUACAUGGAAUUUUUUUUUCUUUAGUGAACCUUUGCAUUUUAAACAUUUACUUCUUACCCUUUGAACAAUAUUAUCCGUCUCCCAUUAAGGUUCAACUUUAGUGCACUUGUUUCUAAUAAGCCUUAAUAUCUUUUACUACAGGGUAAGGUGGCUUUGAAAGUAAGGCUAUAUCUUAAACUGUAGUGCACAAUAUCAUGUGCAUUAAGAAUGAAAUAUGUACAUGCGACUAUACAGAAAUAUAUAUAAUUUUGAAUCAGAUUAUUAAUUUUCUCUGAGAAUUGCUGUUUAAGGAAUAAAGUUUGGGUUGAUUUCAACCCUUACGGAGUACGAAGAUAGUUUGUUACUUAAUCUGCCUUCCUCAUCAGAUUAUUUCAGGAAAGCAUGUAGGCAUAGAAUUGCAUUAAUAAUGACAGACAAAUGCAUAUUUCAUAAAUGUUUGAAGUUCAGCUUCAGGUUGGAUAGAUCCUCUGGGCAAUCACAUUACUGACUAGUUUUCCAGAAAACUCAGAAAAUUGCUAACAAAUGGAUGCCCCUGUGGACUGUGCUAUGUGAAUGGUUUUGUCCAUGUGCCAUUGGUUUGGGAAGGCUUAAAAAGGCUUGCCUUUUCCCUCCCUUAAUCUUUUAAAUAGUACAAACUAGUCAAAAUUCAAAGACUUGAAUUCUGUGGAGUUCUUCUAUCAGAUGUAUUAGAUCUUGAUAUAUUAGGAAAUAUAGUGGCUUGGAUCCAUAAUGUUUGCCACUUCCCUUUCUCAUCUCUGGCUCCCAGUUAGCUCCUUGUGCUGUUCCUCAGGGUUCCUUGUUUCACAAGAACAGCAUUUCAGGCUGCUCAGUGGGCUGUAGUGGGAGAUCAGAAAUCUCUUUUCCACUGAGGGAGCAGAGAUUAAAAGAAAAUAAACUUUGAAUCCAUCCCAGUGGAAAGAAUACAUCUUAACAGAAAUGUUAGUAUUUUCUCUUGAAACUGGUCAAGAAAUCAGUUGUACUACUUGGAAAAGCUAGUAGGACUCUAAGAGAAUUUCAACUAACAAACUUUAGGAAUGCUCCUUUGAACAGGCAUUUUGUGGAGUCUGGAUAAUGUAUAGCAUAAUGCAUUAUUUUAAAACUAGUUAUAAUGGCCCUCCAGUUUUAAGUCUAGAACUAGAAUCAGGGUAUAUAAAGGUUUUGGGGACAAGAGUUCCAUUUAUUCUUCUACCUAUUCAAACCUCAGGGUUUUAUGCUUAUCUUAAUAGUCAUUAAUGACUUUGUCAGGACAAAGGUGACAACAAUCUUUUUUACCUGAAUGUUAAGGUAAUACGAGUUCUGAACUAGAAAGAGUAAAUCUCAUUAUGGUUAAUUUCUGGAAGAAAGUUACUAUAAACAUGCACUGUAGUAUACAUUUUCCUGUCCUUGCAUGUUUGCCCAGUACUUUGCCAAGAAUUUAAUUCAAAUAAGAGUAUCAAUUUAAUGCCAUAUCUGCAGGACUUGGGAGAACUGAAAUUAAUACAACACCCCAAGACAUGUCUAUGUCGAAAGUAGGAAUCUCUGCAUUCAAAUCAGUUUGUUGAUUCAUUUAUGUAUUUUAAAAUAAAGAGUUAAGUGGCUUGUACUAAAAAACAAAACUUUAUAAAGAUUUUAUUUUCUUUAAAAUAUAGCGACAUGGUUUUGUAAUUAAGCUGAAGUUUUGGUGAAACAAAACCUGUUGAGUUAAAGCUUUGUAUUUAAAAUCUUCAGGAGUGUAAAAGUUUUUCUCAAGGCUAGAAGGUAUCUCUGCAUCUUAUUAUCAAAGUAAUGUGUGGUUAUGGGGAAGUGGGUGUCCAUUAUGUGGCAUUUACCUCUGGCUUUAUGAAAAUAGGCUGCUUAGACUUGGCUAAUAAAGCUGUUUCUUCUCAUGAAA